AGAGAGAGAGAGAGAGCAGCUCAUGUGCGCCACUGAACCCUCAGCUUUCUUUCCUCAUGUCGCCAUUCAGAAAGUGGAUAGUGGAUGUUCUCAACAUUUGGAUGCUCAAGCGAUCCUCAGUUUGGAGUCUUCAGCUUCCUGCGGAAUGAAGGAAAUGAACUUAAACCUGAAGUUUUAAGAUAUUUCUAAGGGACUGAGUGAGAGAUCGGAGUGUAACUUUGCGGAACACUUUGCGGCUCCUGUGCGUAACGCGCGCUCCGUAUCGUUUUUUUUUUUUUUUACCUGUGAUUGAGCUGUGAUUGUUUUUUUGUUUGCUUGUUUGUUGUAACUCUAUUUCGACCUGAUCCUUUAUUCUGUACAUCAUGGAGCGCAGUACUUUCCUCCUGUGUGUUGCUGCACUGUUGCUGCACGGAUGCAUUAGUUCAGCGGGAUCUUACACACCACCGACACACACUCAGCACGCGCGCGCCGUCAGCAGACACAGGAACUGGUGUGCCUAUGUGGUGAUGAAAUCUGUUAGCUGUGUAAUGGAAGAUGGUGUGGAGACCUACGUGAAGCCUGAAUACCAGCCGUGCGGUUGGGGGCAGUGCUCUCGGGUUGUGGUAUAUCGGACCUUCAGAAGACCAAAGUACAAGAUUGCUUACAAAAUGGUGUCAGAGAUGGAAUGGAAGUGUUGCAACGGUUACUCGGGUGAAGACUGCACCAACGGCCCCAAUGGAGACCCACGGCUCAACAACAGUGGACCUUCUACAUCUGGAGCUAGCACUGGGAAUGAACAGAGUGGUGGAAAAGGCAGUGGGGAUCAUGAUAAAAUCAUCCAACUUGAGGAAAAGAUUCAGAGUCUGUCUGAUAAACUAGGUAAAAUGCAGUCCACAUUAGAGGGAGUGAAUCAAAGACUACAUGGAGAGUCACAUGCUGACGCAGCACAACCAGAAAUGAGAGAAACCAUUAACAGUAUUCAGACCAAGCUGGAUCUGCUUGACAACAUGACGCAAGUGCAUGACAGGACCAUCGUCAGUAUAAACAACCAUCUGGUCAGUGAUGAUCAAUACAGCAAAAUGAAGGAUGAGAUUCUACGGGAACUAGAACUUCGCAUCACGCUCUCCUGCUCCGCCUGCCAGAGUGGAGUGGAGAACAUUCGGCAGCAACAGCAGGAGGACAGGGAGAGAAUCCGUGCCCUGGAAAAGCACAUAAGUGUCAUGGAGCUUCAUCACAGGCAGACAGUUGAGGUCUUGCAGAGGGAUCUGGCCCGCUCACAGACCUGCUGUGAUGGCUCCAUGGCGGACCUGGAGAAGCGAGUGGGUGCAGUGGAAAAGAAGGUUAGUUCCACAGCAGAAGCAUAUGACGUCCUACAGGGGCGCAUUGAGAAAGAGUUGAAAGGAACCAGUGGGAAUACAGGACGAGAAAAGGGAUCAGAGGAGAAGCUAAACAGCCGUUUGAGAGAGCUGGAGCGCCGACUGAACGGAACAGUGAGGAAAGCUGAGCAGAAAUGCUUUCACACCGAGACCAGCAUGAAGGAGCUUCUGCAAAGAGAACUCAGCAAGAUACGAAACUCUGUUCUUUGGCAAAAUCAAUAUGACCUCAGACUUUCUAAUAUUGAGCUCGACAUGAGGGACAUAAAGGAUAACGUCGAUGUCCACAAUGAUCGCCUAAGUGAGUUGGAAAAUAAGACAUCUGUCUUUGACAGCAAGUUGUCAUCAGUAGUAGUUUUGUGUGCAGAUACAUGUGCAGCACAAGAAAACAAGACUGAGGAUGUUGUGAAAACAUUGGAGUGGAAAGUCAUUGCCAAUCAGGAAGACAUUCAGAGGUUUGACACCAGGCUGAAAGAUCUCUCUGUGUCUGGUGACUCCAUGAGGAACCACAUUUCAGACUUAAGCCAGAACGUUCAGGAAAUCACGGCUCUGGUGGGUGAGAAUGGAGAGAAUUUUAAUAAGAUUGUCACAGAAGUGGAGACAUUAAAGGCUAACUGUGACAGUUGCAGUACUGCAUUUAGUGACAUGGAGAACGAACUCAGGAGCUUGAAAAACACAACCCUCAGAACCUUUGAGAAAUAUCAAGGUGAAUUCACCAAAUUGCACAGAAAAGUGAACUCUGAUGAAAGUGCAUGCUCACAGGUCUGCUCCAACCUGCAGGAGGAAGUGGGCAAGCUUAAAGAGGAAGUGGAGAAAUGUCAAGAACAAUGCCAGAUUAGUAGGACCGAACACCAGACACACAUAGAUGGUCAGAAUUUCAUAAUUAACACAACAGUAAAGGAUCUCCAGUCCAUUCAGGGUGAGCUCUCAGCAAUCAAGCUGAACUUUAACUCCAUCAAUGACACCGUGAAUAAACUGGGUCACACCGUACAGAGACACGGAAGCACUUUAACUGAAAUGGGUGCUACGAAGAAUAAAAUCUUUUCACAGAUCGACAAGAUCCAGGACGAGCUGGACGAGCACCUGGAGGACAGUCAGGAACAGUUCAAAAACAUUAACAACAAUAUUCAAAAUGUCAAUAGCAAUCUGUUGGAGCAGAUGGGACAAUGCAAACGUGCUGGUGAGGGGCUGCAGAAGAGGCUUUUGAAAAUGGAGAAUAUGUGUGGCAGACUGGAGUCACUAUCAGAGAAUGUACAGCAGAUCAAAAAUAUAAUAAACGGGCAGGUUUCUGGACUGUGGACCUGUGUUAAUGGACUCAAUGCCACCGUCAUUACUCAGGGAGAAGCCAUACACAACAUCGAGAGCGUUCAUUUGGAGAAUAUCCAUGGCAAGAUGAACAAUUUCAACUCCACCCUACUGGAUAUAAUGGAAACAUUCCAGACUUUCACCAAACAGGACUUUAUCGGACCUCCUGGACCACAAGGAGAGAGAGGCCCAGAAGGUUUACCAGGUCCUAUAGGUCCCGAGGGCAGACAAGGUCCCCAGGGCAUAUCAGGGAUCCCAGGACCAAUUGGUGAGCCAGGCCUAAGAGGAGAAAAAGGUCCUCCAGGAGAUGAUGCAAAAGUACCACGGCUGUCCUUUUCUGCAGCACUUACACAACCACAGGUUCAUGCCGGAACCAUUGUCUUCAACAAAGUGUUUGUCAACGACAGGAUGUCUUACAGUCCACACACUGGUAUAUUCACGGCACCGGUGACUGGACGUUAUUUCUUCAGCGCAGUUCUGACUGGUCAGAAGAACGUGAAGAUCGAGGCAGUGUUGUCGAAGUCUAACUACGGUAUUGCGCGUGGAGACUCAACUGGAUACCAGCCAGAGGGUUUGGAGAAACCUGUUGCUGAAACAAGGAACACUCCAGGAUCCCUGGUCAUUUUCAACAUCAUCCUUCCCCUGGAGGUGGGAGACACCGUGUGCAUUGACCUGGUCACAGGGAAACUGGCUGAUUCUGUGGAACCUCUUACCAUGUUCAGUGGCAUGUUGCUGUAUGAGGACGUGGACGCUGUGGUAUAAGAGUGAAAUGAUUCGGUGAAAUAUUCAGGUUUAUUGUUGCCACCUAUUGUUCAUAUUUGGUGCAGGAGAUUUGCUUUUUUCAAGAGCAAUGAAAGCAUUUGGUUUGACUUGAACGUUUCGGAUCGAUCACGUUGUUAAUAUUAAUUAAUGUUCAUGCAGCAAGAAGAUUGUACUGUGUCAGUGGUUAAGUCUUGAAAUUUUAACAUGAAGCUCUCGAUCAUCAUCCAUCCAGGAUCUGUGUAACUCCCCCAAACUACUGCUUUUACAUUUGGUCUAUUUUAAACAUGCAAUUUGGAGAGAGAGAGAGAGAGAGAGAGAGAGAGAGAGAGAGAGAGAGAGAGAGAGAGAGAGCACAAGAGCAAUGUGUCUGCUUAAGGCUCCGUUCGAUUUUCCCUGAAAUGGAAAUAAGAAUGUUGUCCUUUUUUAUUAUUUUAUUUCUUUAAAAUUCCAUAUUCGGUGGGGAAAGAUUCACACUCUCGCAUUUGUGACUACGAUUCGAUGAGCAAAACCAAACAUAAAGGCAAAAAUAAGGUUGUGUUCUUAUGAGAUAUUUCAGAUCAUAUACCGUAUGGACAUGAGCAACCCAUGAACUGUUUUUUACUGCUUUUAACAAAAAUACAAAUCGAUAGCUCCAACAUACUGCAGCUUUGAAGCUCACAUCCUGUUCACGACUUUGUGAGAAGGAACAGAAGGAUUGAACAUGAACAUUGAAACACUUAAUGCAAGGGAUUGUGCUUUUCACUGUGACUGUUGUGAGAACAAAAACUGGCCUCUUGAGCUAAAUUAACCCAAAAAGGAAAAGAAAAAAAAAAGAAAGAAAAGGAACCAGAUCUUGUAAAGCCACUGGACUUGUUUCAUUAAACAAUAAUGUGUAUAUUUUGAUUUAUACUCUGAAUGCUCAUAGUUUCUUUACAGUAUUAUUGUUGAUCAAAUACAGUCUAAGCAUAUUUUACUUGUCAUCCAAAAAGUUUGCAGAUGAUCUUUAAAGGUGCUUUUUAUUUUAAAUUUUUAUUUUUUGUGGAUGUUACCAUUUAUAAUCUUUUCAUUUCUAACAUUUGGCAAAAAAUACACCACACCUCUAUAGACAUAUUAUAGAUAUAUUCUUUUGUGUGUGUUUGUUGGUGUGUGCACGUGUGUGUUUAAUAAAGAUAAUUAAAACAUUAUUUGUAAAAUA